GCAAGUAUUUCGUGGUGACGUGCAUUUUGCCCUGCUGCGCGCUUCGUUAAUAACGCAACUGUACUCGUGUUCACGUCCAUUGGCUCACAGUGACUCGUUGCCCAUUUAGGUGAUUUUACACUGACACCGGUUCCUUGGAACGGUUUCCAACAACACAAUUCACACGAAAUGUCUAAAUUGGAGCAGGUCCUUGCUCUCGAACCGCCGUAUGACCUAAAAUUUAAAGGUAAGAGAAGAAUAAUGUCGGUAGCUAGCUACCACCUGGCUGUAGACGCUUUCGGCAGUGGUAGUUAUCGUUACCAGCUUCCUGGACCGGGGACGUGUAGCUACAACAAGCCCACUUACACCUCUCGUAUACCGCCGCCAUUUUGAGAUGGGAGCGAGGAUUUAUGGGCCUGUGCCGAGUUACAGAGAUAUCACUUUAACAGUACUAUACUUUCUAACAUUCUAACCAACCCACACUGGUUUUCUCGUCCGCUGGUGGAGGGUGUAUGCUCUCUAGUUAGCUACGCUAGCUAACUCUAGCCAGCUAGCUUCUCGCGGUGGUAUUGACAGUUAGCUAGCUAUUUAAUGUUAGCUAACGUUACGUGGUUAACGUUGGCUUGCUAAAUUUAAGUCAGUCACUCAGGGGUGAAAAGCUAGUCUGAAAGUUAGCGACACAGGUUGUGGCCAAGUAAUCUUAACUUAGAUAGUUAUGCUAGCCAACAAGCAACACAUUCUGAUUCGAGCAGACCAGUCAUUCACUGAUAUAUUUUUUCCUAGGGUCAGUGACAAAGCUGAAAUUGCAGUUGUUGAAUGGGAGCAAGCUUAUUUGCUGACAGCUCAUAUGCUAGUUAUCCCACUCAUUGACACAUUGCACACUACAUUGUACUGUGCCCAGAUAGUGCAUGCAUUGUUAUAGCUACAUGUUUAUCUGAGUCUAGAUACACUCUCUUGUGUUCAAUGGGUUAUUUGACUAAACAGCAAAUUAUCUUCCAUAAUGUGUAGCAACUAGUCUGUUGGUUGUCAUUUGCGCCUGUUGUGUGCCAUCUUCGGGUGACUCCAUUGACCCUCAACACAUCUCCUUUCUUUCCCAUGCAGGUCCCUUCACAGAAGUAGUGACCACAAACCUCAAGCUCAAAAAUCCCUCUGACAGAAAAGUAUGCUUCAAAGUGAAGACGACAGCACCUCGCCGGUAUUGCGUACGGCCCAACAGCGGCAUGAUUGAGUCAGGAGCCACUGUCACUGUCUCUGGUAAGGCUUUCGUAUUUGCAGACAGACCUUUGUCAGUGUGCUGCCAAAUAUGACAGAGUAUCACUCAAGCAACCAGGCAAGCCCUUUUUGUCAACAACACCAAACAAGAACAAAUUAUAUCCUGUCACUCUUUCCACUGUAAUUAAUUGUGUGACUUUGUAAGUACAGAAGAAUCAAGCAUGUACAUGUCAAAUGCAUGUACCAGUAGGCCUAUAUGUAGGCUUAGUUGUUGACCCCAUAUCUUCUGUCUCCACAGUAAUGCUGCAGCCCUUUGAAUAUGACCCCAAUGAUAAAAGUAAACACAAAUUCAUGGUACAGACAAUCUUUGCACCAUCUACUGCUACAGACAUGGAUGCAGUGGUACGUUUUCCUGUCUACAUUACUACCAAAUACAUGUUUGUGCUUUAUGCUUGUAGCUAUGUCAUCAAUGGAAAACCUGCUUUUGUUGAUCCACAGGUUUCAGUACUGUAUUUAAAUUGAUCUUGUGAUUUCUCCAGCAGAGGGCAGCAAAUAGCAUAUUACACAGCACCUGACUGUGUUCCAUGUUCAUUGUUUUUCCAUCAGCGGUCCCUGUGAUCAAUCUAUGUUGUUCACCUUAUCAUCUACUUGUCAAUCUCAACUUGUACUUGCUGAAUCUCAACAGUGGAAAGAUGCAAAGCCAGAUGAUCUCAUGGACUCCAAGCUGAGAUGUGUGUUCGAACUGCCCUCUGAAAAUGAUAAAAUGGUAAGUAAUGUGUACAGUUGUAGAAAAUAUAACUUCUAUCAGCAGCCUUCAGGGGUUAUGCUUGUUGGUGUUAUACAUCCAAUGUUGUACUGUUGUCACGGCCACAGGUCAGUGUUGUAUGUCAAUGCAUCUUUUUCACAUUCUCUCAUAGACUACAUGGCUUUCUCUCUCUCCUUGCCCAGUUACUGUUUGUUCCUUUCUUUGCCUUUGUGUAGGUACAGUCAAUAUGCGAGCUCGUGGAUUUUUGUGUGGAUAAACUGUAAUAAGCAUUUUUACCCCACACCUCUCUAUGGUCACAUCUGAAAUACUCACAUCAUGUAACAAUUAGAACUUGUUCCUAGUACGUGACAGGUCAGUUUGGUUGGUUCAACAAAGUAAUUUAUAGCAGUGUAUUAUGUUUUACCCUACAACCCAAGCAGCAAUUGAGAACCACUGUACACCCCAAAGUUAAAGACAUGACCUCUAUAUAUCUAUGGUCAUGCAUGCUGCGUGUGCUCCCCCUCGUGUGACAGCCUAGCGGUAGUGCCAGGGAGAUCCGUGGUAGCAUCAUGGGAUUCACCACUCCAGGGCAGACCCCCAAGCUCAGUGCCAGGCACCUGGGGGACAGGGCAGCCCCCACCCCCGGAGAGUACCGCACUCCCCUGGGCAGCUGGCACCACCUGGCAGCCCACGACGACUCCAGCAAUCUCCCAGAGUUCAUGUCAGCACCCAGCUCAGUGAGAGGCAGGCAGUGGCAGGUUUGUGGCAGAGCAGGAAGUGGAUGUUCAGGGGCAGGUUGGGAAGUGUAGUUUACUCACUGUAGGUGGUCACCUCUCUCCUAGUGUAAGUUCUGAUUGUAAUAGAAUAGUAGUCUGAGCAGUGCAAAGCAGGCUAGGUAUGGUUGUAGCUGUGUAACAAUGUAAUGAUGGAUAAUGGUUAUAGCUGUCAUUGUGGUGUUAGGCCCCUAAUGAAAAUGUAUCACCUCUUCAUACUAAUUUCAAACAAAUUACUAAAGUAAAAAAAGUUUUUCUAUCGAUGUAAUAAUGGUUUCAUGAAAUUUGGUCUUCUAAAAAGCGUGAUGAGUUUGUUUGGUUGGCAUGUACAGCAAUGUCGGGAGGGAAACUAGCUUCCUGGUCACUUUCGUAUUUUUUCACUUUGGCUGCUUCCAGAAUGAUGUCGAUGCAACCAAAGCUGCCCCCGUCCUCAACUCCAAAGUAGAUGGCACGUCGGCGACAAGGCCCAGCAGUGCAUCCAUGGAAGACUCUGAGAUGAAGAAACUGAUGGACGAGUGCAAGAGGCUGCAGUACGAUGUGGGCAACCUCUCAGACGAAAACAGACAACUCAAGGUAUGGUCAUAGGUUGUGUGAUGUCUAGGGUUGGGGUGAUUAAUAUUAUAUAUUGGCGAUUAUAAGGUAAUCUAUCCUCAAAGCAUGAAGACUAUAUUCAUGUUCUUGUAAAGAUGAUCUUGGGCUUUUGGCUGUGGUAAAGAAGGAUGUAUGAGGUUCUAACCUACAGUGUUUGACUUCCUCUCAGGACGAGGGCCUGAGGAUGAGGAAGUCCCACCAGUCAGACAACAUGGUCUCCGGCUCGGGUGCCAUGAGCAAACAGCACUCUUCCAGCUCCCUCCCCUCGCUAAUGGUCGUCAUAGCAGCCAUCUUCAUUGGAUUCUUCCUAGGGAAGUUUGUCUUGUAGGGGAGGGGGUGGGCGAGAGAGAAGGAAAGCGAGCCAGCAUAGGCUCUAAUUUGUCUCAAAGGCCCUCAAGGUUAAAGUAUGUGUUAUCGUUGACCUGCCAUUAUCAGUGAUAGUGCCAGCUCACUGCGUACGUACAUAUGUUCUGUGUACCCGAAUCAUAAACGGGCCUCGCCUUUUACAAUCGCACACGGUUAGUACACGUGGAAAAACAGAGAUGAAUGAACUUUCUCCUUUUUUUGGGG